AUGAUGAUGAAAGAGUCAGUGCAAGAAAGUGAACCAGAGAUAGUACAUGGUGUGGGUUCUGAAGCAAGGCAUGUUAUAAGAACAACAACACACCCGGUCUUCUUUCUGACUCUGUCAUGCAGAAAUCGAUUGCAUCACUCUGUCAUGGUGUGGGUUCUGAAGCUUGCUGCCACCUUUUGGAGCUGUGUGGAGCAUUCCACUGAGGCCACUCCACCAUUCCAACAUCGCACCACAACAGCGCCUGCAUCUGCUGCAUCUUCUCCAUCAUUGGAUUCUGGUUCUGGAAAGCUCUCUCUUUUUGAAGCAGAAGGCACAAUCUCAGCUUCUUGGAAUUUUCAGUUGACUGGCUCGGGAGAGAGAUGCUUGAGAUGCGACAAGGUAGAACAUGAUGAUGAAAGAGAAAGUGAACCAGAGAUAGUACAUGGUGUGGGUUCUGAAGCAAGGCAUGUUAUAAGAACAACAACACACCCGGUCUUCUUUCUGACUCUGUCAUGCAGAAAUCGAUUGCAUCACUCUGUCAUGGUGUGGGUUCUGAAGCUUGCUGCCACCUUUUGGAGCUGUGUGGAGCAUUCUAGGUGGUUGUAA